AGCUCCCAACCCCGGAAGUUAUGCGCGGCCGGCGCCGUGACAUAAGUUCCGGUCACGGCUGAUUUCGAGGCAGACGCGGAAGUGCAGGGAGGCACCGGGAGCCGGUUUCCGUUGCAAGAUUUGUGGCCCAUCCCUGCGCCUCGUGAAUGUUCUAGAGAGGUCGAUUCCUGGAGUCCCGCUUCCACCAGCCCAGACCAGACGAAGCCGGCGCUAGGGGCCACUCCUCGGCCGAGGAGCUGAUGCCGGCCUCUCCCUGGAGCCCCCGUAGCGGGGCCGGACCAUGAGCCUGCUGGGCGGCCUGGCCUCCUCGCCGCGGGCCCCGCUGCAGUCCAGCAAGGCCAGGAUGAAAAAGCUCCCGAAGAAGAGCCAGAACGAGAAGUACCGGCUCAAGUACCUGCGGCUGCGCAAAGCGGCCAAAGCCACGGUGUUUGAAAAUGCUGCUAUUUGUGAUGAAAUUGCUCGUCUUGAGGAAAAAUUUCUUAAAGCUAAAGAAGAAAGACGGUACUUGCUAAAGAAGCUCCUCCAGCUCCAGGCUCUAACUGAAGGGGAAGCACAGGUUGCAGCUCCUUCCCACAGCUCCAGUUUGCCCCUGACUUACAGUGUGGCCAGCUCUGUGGGAACUAUCCAGGGAGCUGGGCCGCUUUCUGUGCCUAGCACUGGAGCUGAGGAACCAUUUGGGAGGAAAUCCAAGAAGGAGAAAAAAGAAAAAGGCAAAGAGAACAACAAACUGGAAGUUCUGAAGAAAACAUCCAAGAAAAAGAAAAUGGAGACAGGUGCUCGCAAGCUGGUUCAGCCCAUUGCCCUGGAUCCCUCAGGACGGCCUGUGUUCCCCAUCGGACUGGGGGGUCUAACAGUAUAUAGCCUGGGGGAGAUCAUCACCGACCGACCUGGCUUCCAUGACGAGGGUGCCAUCUAUCCAGUGGGCUACUGCAGUACUCGGGUAUAUGCCAGCAUGAAGAGCCCAGACCAGGAGUGUCUGUACACCUGUCAGAUCAAGGACGGUGGCACACAGCCUCAGUUUGAACUUGUUCCUGAAGAUGAUCCCCGGAGUGCCAUCGUCAGCUCUUCUGCAGAUGCCUGUCACGCAGAACUGCUCAAGACCAUAAGUGCUGCUAUGGGGAAACGAAUGCCCAAUGUGCAUCCAUCCGGAGCUGACUUUUUUGGGUUUUCUCAUCCAACCAUCCACAACCUGAUCCAGAGUUGUCCAGGAGCUCGAAAAUGCGUCAAUUACCAGUGGGUGAAGUACGACGUGUGCAAACCUGGAGACAGUCUGCCGCCCCCAGGACAGCUAGAGAAUGAUGCAGCUACAAGCUUUGAAGCCUUUCAGAGGCAGACUUUCCAUAAAGAUAAUGAUCCCAUUCUACGAGGAUCCUUGGACCUCCCAGAGCUUCAGCCUACAGCUUUUGUGUCUUCUUAUCAACCCAUGUUCCUGACACAUGAACCCUUGGUAGAUACUCACCUACAGCACUUCAAUUCUCCGUCGCAGUGUAGCCCAACUCAGUCUUCAGAUUGAACAAGAAGGGAUGGAUAGCCACAUCAUUUUCAUCAGGAUGGAUUUUUUAACUUAAACUAAAACUUAAGACUAUAUGGAAGAAGGCAGCGACUCAAGUGAAGAAGAUAGUAAAUUAACAUUUUGUCGCGGAGGUUCCCAUGGUGACAGCUUUCCUGGGAAAAACUUCAGCUGCUUUAUUUUUAGUAAUAAAUUUUUCUUGACAGUUCUGCUUAUUUUCAUCUUGUUGUAAUCAGGAUAUAAUCUCUUGGCUUAGCUCUGCCUGAGGUAAACUUAAGUCCUUUGUAAACCAGAGGGAGAGAUGGCUGCUGACUCAUGAGGAAGGUAGGAAGAUUCUGACAACCUUGCACCCUUGAUUCUGAUCUAGGUCAGUGAAUAUUAAGUCACAGCCCCUACGGCCAGCUGCUGCUUUGUUUUCAUGUCAGCGUCACCACAAUCAAAUCCUGCUUACCCCCAAGCUGCAAGGUCCAGUCCCAGGCCCACUGUUCAUGUUUUUCACAUUUCUCAAGGGGAUCAAAAAAAUCCUCUCUAACCCUUCCUGCAUUCCCUUCGUGGCUCCUUAUUGGAGAAUGUGCUUUUAAAUAAACCACAUGAUAACACACAUUUAGAUAGAACGUGAUUGGUUCCCAUCCUCCAUAACAGACUCACCUCAACAGUUCGUUAGUUGUGUAAUGAUGUAAUUCCGUAUUCUGUAUAACUGGGUUUUUUGGACUCUACUUACAGCAUUAAGGUAGAGGCAUACCACAACACCUAAUCCCAGCCAGUACAACUCCACGGUGCCUUGUGGGAUGCUUCGCUGCCCAGCCAGCCCGUCAGCAGGGCUGGCUGGAAUGGGAAGGAACAAAAGGACCCCGGAAGUAGAAGAAUGGGGAAGGUGGUGAGAACUGGAUUGUCACUGUGCUACCGUCCAUAGCUGCUAAUGGGGGAGGAAACAAAUGGGCCUAGCAUCUUACAGGACUGUAUCUGGAUGGCAGAGGGGAGGGAUCAGAUGCAGCAUUUAGAGCACAUCACACUGGCCACUGCAAAGUAUCAGAAACUAAAGUAACUAACGUUAAUUUUAUGAUUCUUAAUUAUAGUCUUACAAGUUUGUAUAGCUUUUACAGUGCAAAAAAAUGGUAAAAUUUGGAUAAUAGCAAAUCAGGGAUAGAAAGGAGAUGACUCAAAACUGUUAAUGUUUUUCUUUUUUCUUUUUUCUCUGCAUAAGGUGCCUGAAGCCAUUUGCGCUUACACAGAAAUGGUACAUGGUGCUUUUAUCAUCACAUAACCGAUGUCUUUCCAUUCUGUUACAGCCUGAGUUAAUCACAGAUUCAAAGUGCGCGUCAUUCUAAGAAGGACGUUAAAAAAAAUUUAUGCAAGUUAGUGCGCGGUUUACUUUAAUAAGUAUUCAUUUUGUAGCUUUCCUAGAACAGUGUUUUUCAAACUACAAAUCUCAACACACUAGUUGUUCUUACACUUAGGUAAUCAAGACCCACAUCUUUUAAAAUUAAAUUAGAAGACAAUUAGAACAUACUGGAAUGCAUCACAUGUCAGAGGUUGAAACUGGUUUCAACUAUAGUGUGUAUAUAGGUGUUUAUAUACCAUUCACACGAUACACAUGGGGAUACAUGGAAGGAUGUAAAAUGUUUUUACUAUGGAUCAUCAUUUUAAGUAACUUGAAAGACACUGCCCUAGCUAGCAUACUUUAAAAAUCUUUUCAUCUAUUUCAUCUGGAUUGUUAAAGAUUUCUUAAGUUAAGUUUGACAACAUCCAAUGUCAGUGAAAAUGAGGGGAAAAAAAUGGGACUAUGCCUUGGUGGAAAUGUAAACUGUUGAACCCUUUGGGAGGGUUAAGCCGUAGGUAUCAAAAUGUUAAACAUAUUUAUCCUUAAACCCGUUAUUCCAUAUUAAGGACCCUAAGGAAUUAAGUGCGGUAUGGUGUUUGCACGUAACAGUUAUCACAGUAUUUGUUUAAAACCCUCUAUGUCCACUAAUGGCAAAUUGGUUAAAGAAAAUAUGGAGCUCCCACAAACUGAAACAAACUAAAUCUGUUUUCACUUUACAUAGGAAAAUUAUUUUGCUAGAAUAAGUCAAAAACGCAGAUUACAAAAUAAUAUACCAUGUAGUAGUGUGUAAAAUGUGACCUAAACAAACCAAGUGAUGUUCACCAAGAUAUUAAGUAAGUGUCUCCAAAUGAUAAAUUUUGUGGUGAUUUUUACUUAUACUUUUCUCUAGCAUCCAAGUCUUCUAUAGUGAUUAUAAAUUCGAUUUUUUCAAACAGUAAAAAGUUAUUUUCAUUUGGCAAAUAAACUGAAUUCCCACAGAAUGUUUUAAAUUAUUCAACCAUUAAUAAACUUUCAUAUGACUUUUCAUUAAGCUAUACACCACCUAAACCUAACUUUUUACACUGUGUGCCCUAGCUUACUGGGGGUGAAGGGAACCUGGGCCUGGAGCGCUGAACUGUUUCUAGCUUCUUCCAAGUUAGAACGGCCGCCACGCGCAUGAGUGUUGUGGUGAGGAGCGGACGGUAGGUUUGCUUUUUCUCAGGAGUCUGUUACUGGGUCCGUGGUUCCCGUUAGGACAGAUGAGUAAGAGGCCAAGGUUUGGCUGUUAGGAGCCAACUGUGCGCUGGGAAGUCCUCGAAGGAGCAGCGUUCCUUGCCAGCUGCGUAGCUGUUUUGCUUUUUACUAAGAUCCUGGCACUGACGAAGCAUUCCUACGCUUCAGUGACACCAGGAACCCUUGGGGGACAGGUAUGGAGAGAGUGAUGCUUAUGCUUUGGUUCUCGUUUUUCACAUUAAGGGAAUGGAAACUACCCACAGAUAAGUCUCACUCCUUUCUCAGCUUCAGAGGACAAUCUGCAAGCCCAUUCAUAACCCAGUUUUGACUAGAGAGGAAUGUGUACACAUGACUAAUGAUUAUACUUUUAUCUCCAGCUUCUUAGAGAUUACAGACAAUUGUCAAGUGCCUUUAACUGUUCUUAAUCAA